UUGAGGUGUCACAUUAUACCAAACCAAACGCAGCCUUACAUACAAACAACAUAGAGAAGAGAACGUGGGGGUGGAUCGAUCGAUCAUGGCGUCGUCGGUGGUGAAGAGCAUCUUAAACACAGUGAAGGAGAAAGGUCUUGGUGGCUUCUUCAGACACCUCAAGGAUGAAGGAUACCUGAGAUGCCUUCCUGAUGGAAACCUAUUGCAAACCAAGAUCCACAAUAUCGGGGCAACGCUUGUUGGUGUUGAUAAAUAUGGUAACAAGUAUUACGAGAAAACUGAAAACACACAGUAUGGAAGACACAGGUGGGUUGAAUAUGCAGAGAAGUCUAGAUAUAAUGCUUCUCAGGUUCCUGCUGAAUGGCAUGGCUGGCUUCACUUCAUAACUGAUCACACCGGCGAUGAGCUUCUUUUACUGAAACCAAAAAGGUACGGUCUUGAUCAUAAAGAAAAUCUGUCUGGACAUGGUGAAGAGUUUAUCUAUCAUUCCAAGGGACAUGCUCUCAAUCCAGGGCAGAGAAACUGGACUAGGUACCAACCAUGGCAGUCCACAAACGAACCGUGAAUAUGGUUCAGCUUUGAGUUGCAGAUGUAUUGGAUCGAAUGUUUGUUUUUCUUUUCCUCCUGACAAAUUGUUAAUUCAAUUCAUGAGGUGGAAAACUGUUUUUGCUUUUUAUUUUAAUAAUAAAAGAAUUAUUAGCUUUGAUAGCAGACAAAUUGACUGAAAUUGGAAUAUUUCCUGUAUACCGUCACCAAUUGGUAUGUAUGUGAUGUAAUAUGUCAAAAAGAUUUGCUCUUAUUUUACUGUAAUAUUUUGCCCUAUCUCUGA